AUGUCGCAGCCGACCUCUCCCCGUCUCUCUCGCCGGCCAGUUGCCAUGCGUCGCCAGAACUCGGCCAACGAGCCCGACGAGCGCGCUCCACUACUCUUAAACACCUCUCGAUCACGUAUUCGAAUCCACGGCGGGGCUGCUUCACCACGCCGUCCAAAUUUAUCCCGCGAUCAGAGCCACUCAGAUAGCAUCCCGGGCACUCGACACCAUAGCCGUCGCUCUUCUUGGGGGCAGCGCCUAGUCAAUGCGUUCUCUGAGCGAUCCAUGUCAGAGUCCAAGGGCUCCAUCUUCCCCGACGAGCGAGUAUGGUACGAUCAGUUUACAAGCACCGAUUGGGUGCACGAUACGAUAGCCGACUCCUAUCGCGUGAAAGCGCUCCGCAGCAGAAAGGAUUUCUGGGGUCGAAUCCUGACGACCAUUGAUGGGAGCCAGGGUUGGAUUCUCAGUGCUCUUUGCGGCUUUGUUAUUGCCCUGAUAGCGUAUACAGUCGAUGUAGCAGAGUCUGUUGUGUUUGAUUUCAAGGACGGUUAUUGUGCAAAAGCCUGGUAUUUUGAUGAAAAGAGAUGCUGUCCUAGAGGACGCACCGACUGCGAGGACUGGAAGACAUGGUCUCAAGCACUGAAUUAUCACCCCUUUGGAGAAAAGUGGACGGAUUUCCUCAUCUAUGUCGGAGGCGUCGUUCUCUUUGCUUGCGCCUCUUGCUGGGUGGCCCUGUGGACAAAGACUGUUGUUCCCUCAGCCUAUCGUUUGACCACCUUGGACGAAAAUCUUGCUGCUGAGAGCGCCCAUCCCGUGCCAGAUGAAGGCCCUGGCGAUGAUAGUGCAAGCCCUCGACAGGUGAUUGAUAGCAAACCGGACAAUCCGCCCAUGGUUUACUACUCAGCAGCAGGCAGCGGUGUCGCCGAAGUUCGAGUCAUCCUCAGCGGCUUUGUUCUUCACGGUUUCCUCGGCCUGAGGACGUUAAUUUUCAAGAUGGUCUCGCUAAUUUUGAGUGUGUCUUCGGGAUUAAGCAUUGGCAAAGAGGGCCCAUUCGUUCACAUGGCCACUUGUGUUGGCAAUAUCGCGUGCCGUCUCUUUGCAAAGUACGAUCGUAAUGAUGCCAAGAGACGUGAAGUUCUCUCUGCUGCUGCCGCGGCUGGCGUAGCCGUGGCUUUCGGCGCGCCUCUAGGAGGAGUGCUGUUUGGCCUGGAAGAAGUAUCGUACUUUUUCCCGGCCAAAACGCUGUUUCGGACAUUUUUCGCCUGUAUCGUUGCAUCACUUUCUCUAAAGUUCUUGAAUCCGUAUGGUACCCACAAGAUUGUCAUGUUUGAGAUUCGGUACCUGAUCGAUUGGGAGUACUUUGAACUGGGAUCUUUCAUCUUUGUCGGCAUUGUCGGAGGCGCCAUGGGAGCUCUCUUCAUCAAAGCAUCCAAGUAUUGGGCACAAUCAUUCCGUCGGAUUAGGGUUAUCAAGGCGUAUCCAAUGCUGGAGGUGUUUCUCGUGGCUGUUGUAACAGGUCUCAUGAGCUAUUGGAAUCCAUUAACCAAAGUAACAGUCCAAAAACUUCUUCUCAACCUGGCUUCUCCGUGCGACCGUACUAAGAGCGACAGCCUGGGGCUUUGCCCGAGGUCAAUCGAUGACAUACCCUUGAUUUUGUCGACGCUUAUCAUGGCCUUCUUGAUCAAGGGGUUCUUGACCGUCAUUGCAUUUGGAAUUAAAGUUCCUGCCGGAAUAUAUAUCCCAUCAAUGGUUGUCGGUGGUUUGAUGGGACGGAUUGUGGGACACCUCGCGCAGUGGUUAGUGCUUGCCACGCCCGACUGGAGUGUUUGGGGUGGUUGUGCAACCGCAGCGGAUGGAACGUGUAUCCAGCCCGGAGUUUAUGGCCUCAUUGCCGCCGGUGCAACCAUGUGUGGCGUAACACGGUUGUCAGUGACUUUGGCUGUUAUUCUAUUCGAGCUCACUGGCAGUCUUGACUACGUUCUGCCCUUCUCCCUGUCGAUUCUUGUGGCCAAAUGGACGGCGGAUGCCAUUGAGCCAAACAGCAUCUACGACCUUCUUACGAACAUGAAUGCGUACCCAUUCCUGGAUAAUAAGCAUAAGCCUAUUUUCAGCGGCGACUUGACGGAUCUGGUCCGUCGACUACGGAGAGAACGAAUUAUAGAUAUUACAAAUUCGCCGUUGGUCCCUGCUUCAAGUCUGCGCAGCAAGCUGGAGAUCCUUCAUCGCCAUGGCGAACUGGAUGGCGGCUUGCCAAUCCUGAGAGAAGACGUCUUGGUGGGGCUUAUACCUGCUCCGGAUCUUCAAUAUGCCCUGGACCAGCUGCAAGAUGAAGGCUCAAACCUUUGCUUGAUGGACCAGGUUCCAAGCCUUGAUGAAGAUGAAGACAUUAAUGGGCCCGAUCCCACAGAUUUUACCCAAUAUAUUGAUCCAGCACCCGUUGCACUGGAUAUUCGAUCGCCGAUAGAUUUGGCGUGGGAAUGUUUUGUUAAGCUAGGUUUACGGUACAUUUGCGUCUUGAGGGACGGCAAAUAUGCUGGAAUGAUCCAUAAAAAGACAUUCGUUAAAUACACUCGAGAAUUAGAAGACGAGCAAGGUGGCCAUUAA